AUCAUCGUGGUCACACGUCACGAGACGGCCAAAGUCGUAGCGCCGCACAAUCCGCCAGACGACAAGCCGUGGCUCCACCUGCGCCGGAUUAUGCUGUUCUGUUUCAAAAUCCGGAAUUUGUGCGUGGUUUUGCCGCUUUAAUGGCCCAAACACUCCAUCAUUCCCACGACCCCCGCGAACCGGCAAAACCCACCGGCCGACAAGACGGCGGAAGGACAACAUCUCAUGCUACAUCUCAACCUCGUGAUCGAAUGUCACAACCGCCUCCGGAACAAAAUACACGACGCACUGACGCCGGGCGUAAUCCUCCCAUGCUUCCCCAAGAAAAAACUGCCGAAAGCCAGUCGGGUCAUUUACGACGGACGCCGCCUCGUGAGCAGCACCGACAUCCUUCCAAUCCGACGCAAACCGACCUCCGACAGCAUAUUGAACAGAAUCGGGCUCGCCAAGAGUCGUCCGAACUCGAAACACUGCGACGACGAAUAGCCGAAUUGGAAAGUCGGCAACGGGCACCUGAGGAUCCACCUCGGCGGGCCUCUACCUCGGCUCAGGU